CACACUGAACGCACCUUGAACACACUGAACACACCCUGAACACACUGAACACACCCUGAACACACACUGAACACACUGAAUACACACUGAGCGCACUGAACACACUGAGCGCACGCACGUGUGAGGAAGCUGCGUUUAAUGGAGCCUCGGUUCCCGGCAGUGGUCCUGGUGCUCCUGGCGUCUGUGCGGUUUGGGCUGGGGAAGGAGGAGGAGUCGCGGCCGGAGCCCAAGGGGGGGCGCUGCUCCUACACCUUCAUCGUGCCCCAGCAGCGUCUGACGGGGGCGCUGUGCGUGAGCACGCGGGCGGAGGGGGCCAACUGCUCGGAGCUGGCCGCCCUGCGGGUGCAGGUGGGGCGGCAGCAGGAGCAGCUGGACAGGGUGCGGGCGCUCCUGGAGCAGGACGGGGGGCUGGCGGCGGAGGUCCGGGCGCUGCGCAGGGAGAGCGGCGACAUCAGCGGCCGCAUCACGCAGAUCUACGCCCAGCUGCUGCACGACCUCAUCCACAAGAAGGACCACGCCCUGGAGCAGAGGCGGCUGGAGAACCUGCUGCUCAACGCCACCGCCCAGGUGCUGCAGGUGUCGGCCAGGUACGGAGAGAUGGACAGGAAGUACGAAGCGCUUUCCUCCCUGGUGAACAACCAGAGCCUGCUGAUCACACAGCUGGAGGCACAAUGCCAGCAAAGCCACACACAGCCCGCCCCUCUGCAGCAGGUAAACCUGUGUGCUGCACAGGUGACUUCAGCACCUUCCUUGCCACAGCCGAAGGAGCCGCAGAGUGACAGCGCAGCACCAGGAAAGACAGCCAAUGACAUCCAGAGGGACCAGAGCCCCUCCCUCUCUCAGCAAGACCCGCCCUCCACCAGGCCUUACCCCUCAACUGACCCUCCUUUCAGCAGCUACCCUGUCACUAAAACCCCAGGUCCCUGGCAGGACUGCCAGCACGCUCUGGAGUCGGGAGAGAGCACGAGCGGGAUCUACCUGCUGCGUCCCCGCAACGCCAACCGUCUGAUCCAGGCCUGGUGUGAGCAGGACCCGGUCCAGGGCGGCUGGACCGUCGUCCAGCGCAGGCAGGACGGCUCGGUCAACUUCUUCAGAACCUGGGAUCAGUACAAGCAAGGCUUUGGGAAUCUGAACGGAGAGUACUGGCUGGGUCUGGAGCACCUGUACUGGCUGAGCACGCAGGCCGAGUACCGCCUGCGGGUGGCGCUGGAGGACUGGCAGGGCCGGCAGGUGUUCGCGGAGUACGACCGCUUCCGCCUGGAGCCCGAGAGCGACUGGUACCGACUGCGCCUGGGCCAGUACCACGGCAGCGCCGGCGACUCCCUCUCCUGGCACAACAACAGGGCCUUCACCACACUGGACCGAGACAGGGACGCCUACACAGGCAACUGCGCUCACUACCAGAAAGGGGGUUGGUGGUACCACAUGUGCGCCCAUUCCAACCUGAACGGCGUGUGGUACCGCGGGGGCCACUACCGCAGCCGCUAUCAGGACGGCGUGUACUGGACCCAGUUCCACGGGGGGUCCUACUCCCUCAAAAGAGCCACCAUGAUGAUCAAACCCGUCUGAGCCCACCAGAGCACUGCUGGGGCUGGAGACUACCUGGCUGCCAAAGACCUCAGUCAGGGAGAGUUUUUUUUUUUCCUUCUUUGUGUAAAAUCAGGAAUUUACACGCUGGUCUUGUAGGCCGGCCGGGUACCUGGCUCCGCUGUUGACACUGAAAGCUCCCCAUGUCCCUACAAUUUAAGCCAGAUAAUUCCAAUUUGAAUUAUUUUUUUUAUUUGGGGGGGGGAGGGGGGGUUGUGUUAACAACCAGAGACUCUUGGUUUGAAACACUAGUCCCCAAGGCCAAUCACGCACUUCAUAACGCAAAUGCUUUGAGCCAAUCGCACACGUCUUUUGCAAAACUUGUCACAAACCUUGUACGUUGACUUUAUACACAUGCCUGGUACAGACAUUCACAUUCCCUACAAUCACAUGCCAUCCACAGAUAUUCUCCAGCCAAUCGUGCACUACAAUAUAGGCCUAUUCUUUAGGAUAUAUAUGUUAGCAUUAAAAGGGUAUCAUUAUACAUGUACAAUCAGCGCCAUAAUGUUUGGGACAAAGACAUUUAAAAAAAAAUUUGAUUUAGAGCUGUACUCCACAAUUUUAGAUUUGUGAUCAAACAAGUUAAAGUGCACAAUCUCAGCUUUUAUUUAAGGGCAUAUUUUAUACAUUUUGGUUUCACCGUGUAGAAAUGACAAAACUUUUUGUAAUAAAUAGUCCUCCCAAUUCAGGGCAUCAUAAUGUUUGGGACAAAUGGUGUCAAUGGCGAUUCUGUUUAUUCAGGUGUGUUCAAUUUCUUUUUGCUCAUUUAUUUGAUUACAAAUAUAAAAUUGGUGGAGUACUGAGCCUUUGUCCCAAACAUUAAUUGUGACACUGUGUAAAGAUGAUGUUUAAUGUUUAAUGUUCAAACAAAUGUAUUUUAACAUUUCAGAUAUAUCAAUGCAUUGUUCAGUGUUGAAAUAGUAAAUUGUUGUUUUGCUUUAAUAUGUAUUUUUAAAAUAAAUGAUUAUAAAUAUG